AAAAAAAGAAAUGGCAUCUCUCUCGGACGUGGGAACAAGCAAAGACGGCGGGGUAGGCGGGGUUCAGUCCAAAGACGACGACAAGCACCUGAAUCUCGUGCAGGUGGGAGCAUCAGACAGUGAUGUCACAGCAGGCAAGCAGAAGUGGCUGCGAAGAUGGAGAGGCGUGCUGAGCUUCCUGGAAAACAAAGGCGAUGUCGAGGUCAGAGGGUGCACACCGGUGCCGUAUGACGAGAGGAGGGAGACCAAGUAUUCACACAUGUUCACGCUUUGGUUCUGCGUGAGUUGCAAUCCUUUGCCAGUCACGUUUGGCAUGGUAGGGACCAUGUCAUUUGCGCUCAGUCUGCGAGACGCAACACUGGUCAUCCUCUUCUUCACGCUCAUCUCCACGGUCCCCGUAGCGUACAUGUGCACAUGGGGCCCCAUGACCGGCAUGCGACAGCUCGUCCAGGCGCGUUUCUCGUUUGGGAAAUACUUUGUGUCGCUUCUGAUACUGCUCAACCUUGCAACCCUCACCGGCUUCUGCGUCGUUGACAGUGUCAUUGGCGGCAUGGCACUAUCCGCGGUGCAAGACGGGACCACCAUCAAUGCCACGGUUGGUAUUGUUCUGAUUGCUAUACUGUCACUGUUCAUAUCCUUUUGUGGCUUUGGCGUGCUGCACCAUUACGAACGAUGGGCGUGGAUCCCAGCCCUGCUGGCGCUCGUCAUUGCUGCGGGAUGCGGAGGACAGAAGCUCAGUCAUCAAGCUGUUGUGCCUGCCGCGACGCCAUCGCAAGCCCUGUCGUUUGGUGGUCUGGUGGCCAGCUUCAUGAUACCAUGGGCAGCCCUGGCCAGCGACUUCUCGACCUACUUGCACCCCAAGGCCCCUCGGCUCCGCAUCGCACUAUACACGUACGCUGGCCUUGCCGCGCCCACGAUCCUGCUGAUGACGCUGGGUGCAGCCAUGGGCGGCGCCACACCCAACGUGCCGUCAUGGCAAGCAGGCUACGAGGCGAAUGCCGCCAGCGGAGUCCUGGCAGCCAUGCUGCAGCCGGCUGGAGGAUUUGGACGUUUUGUCACCGUGGUGCUGGGCUUCAGCAUGCUGGGCAACCUGUCGGCAACCAUGUACAGCGUGACGCUGAACCUGCAGAUGCUGGUGCCGUGGCUGUUCCGCGUCCCACGCAUCGUCUUCAGCCUCGUCAUCACGGCCAUUGUGAUUGGCGUGGCCGUCGAGGCGGCAAAGAGCUUCUUCCUCAACCUGGAAAACUUCAUUGGCGUCAUUGGCUACUGGAGCUCAGCCUUUAUCGGCAUUGUCGUCGUCGAGCAUGUCGUGUUCCGAGGCGGACGCUUUACGGGCUACACCGAGGAUGCAGAUGCGUGGGACGACGCGCAGAAGCUGCCGGUAGGAGCCGCGGCGCUUGGGGCUUUCGUAGUGUCGUUUGGGCUCAUUGUGCCCAGUAUGGGCCAGACGUGGUGGACGGGGCCCAUUGCAGCGACUACGGGCGAUAUCGGACUGGAGGUGGCCGUGGUGUUGGCGGGCGUCUUGUAUGCGCCGCUGAGGCUGUGGGAAAAGAGAACGUGGGGGAGGUGAGCAGGGGGAGGCGUUUCCGGGAACUUCCUGGCACAUGUCCGUUUGCGGCAUAGCGCGUGAAGCAGGUGAAGGACCUUGUUGCCUCGGUUGUGCCUGUUACCCCAGCCAGUGACGUUCACAAGCCAGGCUGGAGCCGCACGCCAAAUGCGGAGACGCAAACCCAGCCAGCCCUGUGAUGACCAGGGCAGCCGUCUUUUAGGAAAUUCUUGCUCUCC